UAUAGGCAACUGGUCAACAUUUCCUCUGCACGUUUUGAUAAAUCUCCCCCUAUAUGUGUAUAGAUUAUAUUUUUAAUAUAUAUAUCAUUUUUAAUUUAUUUAAACAAAAAUUGACAUUUGUGCCCUCAGCGCCUAAUGGUGACUGGUAAGGCUCGAGCCCCUUCACCCUGAGGGCCCUGGAGGAGCGGUGCCGCAGAGCUCAGCGCAGACGGAAGCCGCCGGAGUAGCAGGAAGCCGCCGCCGUGUACGUGUCCGCAUCCAUUUCCCGGGCUGAGGGCGGCCAUGCAGUGUGAGGAGAUGAGCGUGCUGGGGGACGAGCUGCCGCUGGAUGUGGGCUCGCUAUUCUCGGACACGUAUACGGAGGAGAGCCGCUACAGGUUCUGCGGCCGGGAGCUGCGGAUAACCCAGCAUUUCGGUGCCAAUCUCGGGGUGGCGGCGCCUGUGUGGGACGCGGCCCUGUAUUUAUGCAGCUUCUUUGAGGAACAGAAACUGAAUUUCAAAGGAAAAAAAGUAAUUGAGCUGGGUGCUGGGACUGGCAUAGUGGGCAUACUGGCAUCAUUACUUGGUGGCCGGGUGACCGUGACCGAUCUUACACAUGCGCUUCCUCAGAUCAGGAAAAAUGUAUCGGCCAAUGUUUCCUCGGAUCACGUUCCUGACGUUUGUGCGUUGUCAUGGGGAAUAGACCAAGUGCACUUUUCUCAAGACUACGACUUUGUCUUAGGAGCAGACAUUGUUUACCUAAAGGAGACGUAUGACCUCCUCAUCCAGACGUUACAGCAUCUCUGUGGUCCUCAGACAACCAUAUUGCUAUCUUCAAAAAUGAGAGAGGAGCACGGCACCAUGGACUUUUUCCAAAACAUCCUGCCUCAGUAUUUUAAUGUAGAGAUUGUUAAAAGAGAUGCGGAAGACAACAUCAACAUCUACAGAGUGACUCGCUUCCAAAAUUGAUCUAAAAAAAAACUUUAUUAAUAUGAAUAUAAACAUUUAAAGAAAAAUCACAUUCCUGGAUAACAAAAUGUGUCAACCAUGUGAAUUUAUCUGCUGCUUCUUUAUAAUACAUUGUUUUGUCAUUUUAUUUUUUCUAUUUUUAUUAAAUUGCUUCCAACUUUUCAAUAGCACAGAAAAAUUAGGAAAGAGAAGUAUGACACUAUUGAGAAGAUUUCUUCAGGCUUUGUUCACACACAGGCCCAGAUUUAUCAAUAUGUCUGAUUUGCCCAUAGCAGCCAAUCUUAGCUCAGCUUUUCAGCUUUAAAAAAUAAAAUAAAAAAAAAGCUGAGCUGUUAUCCGUUGCUAUAGGCAAAUGAGUUAUUUUCCUUAGAUUGUUAAAUAUUGGACACAGUAUUUUGCUUAUGGCUCAAAUGGCUGAAAAAAACUUUGUGGGAACGCAAAACACAACUGAAAGCCCUUUUAAAACGUGUUUCGGUGCUUCUCGACUCUUCCUCAGCAGGUGAUAUUGGCAAAAAAAAGAUCUUGGCAUGUGAAAUUCAAUAGAUACUAUUGUUCUUCAUAAAGAUAAGCUGCUGCUAGUGAGUAUGGCAAUGGUUUACCCAUUAAAGAAACUGUGUUCUGCUGACAGCUAAUAAAGGUGUAUGAACACCUCAAAGGGGUACUCCGCUGCUCAGUAUUUGGAACAAACUGUCCCGAACGCUGGAGCCGGGGGCCGGGAUUCGUGACGUCAUAGCCCCGCCCCUAAUGCCAUCAUGCCCCGCCCCUCAAUGCAAGUCUAUGGAAGGGGGCGUGACGGCCGUGACAUCAGCAAU